AUGUCUACAAAUGGCACGACACCCGCGGAGGGGUCUGGACUAAGAAAACUUAAGAUUUUGAUGUUGCAUGGCUACACUCAAUCCGGGCCGUCCUUCAAUUCCAAGACCAAGGCCCUAACCAAACUCCUCGCUCGCCAAUUCCAUCUGUCUCAUCCCGUUUACCCCGGCGGCAUCCAGCUCCUAUAUCCCACCGCUCCAAUUCCCCUUCUACCAGCCGAUAUCCCCGGAUAUACGCCCUCCUCCGACCCGUCCUUAGCACCAACCGACGCAUACGGAUGGUGGAAACGCGAGACCGGCGGAGCUAGAUAUGCUGGCAUUGAAAAAGGCCUCGAUACAAUCGCAACGACAAUCCGCGAAGCAGGAGGAAUUGAUGGAGUUAUUGGAUUUUCCCAAGGUGCAUGCGCCGCAUAUUUUGUAGCCAGUUUAUUGGAGGCGAAUCGCGAAAGUGCUUUUGCGCUCCAAUGCGUUAAAAACCCAUCCGAAGCAAUCCCCUACCCCUCCUCCUUUACUGUCCUGAAACAACAACUCCACCACCCUCCCCUCAAAUUCUGCAUUUCUUAUUCCGGCUUCUACGCACCUUAUGAUGGAUACGCCGCAUUUUAUACACCCCCUCUAAAAACACGUAUUCUGCAUGUCAUUGGAAGUUUAGAUACGGUCGUGGAAGAACAUAGGAGUAUGGCUUUGGUAGAGGCGAGCGAGGAGGGAAGCAGGGAGGUGUGCUAUCAUCCAGGGGGUCAUUUUGUCCCAAUGGGAAAGGAAUUUGGUAAUGUGGCUGUGGGUUUUAUGGUUAAGUGUUUGGAUGAAAAGAAGCCAGUGGCUGAAGAGAGCGUCGAGGAUAUGGAUCUUCCUUUCUAA